CCCAGAACAAUCUUAAUCCGGCGAUGGUUGAAGAAUCAGCUUCAGCAUCGGAAGCUUCGGUGAUACAAACCCUAACCGAGCCUGCGACGGAGAUACCGCAAACCCUAGAACCUAACCUAGCCUCAAUCGAAGCCACCGUCGAAUCGGUUGUUCAGGGAGGCACUGAGUCGACUUGUAACAACGAUGCUAAUAACAAUAACGCCGCCGAUAGUGCUGCUACUGAGGUUUGUGAUGAGGAGCGUGAGAAGACGCUUGAGUUCGCUGAGGAAUUGACGGAGAAAGGCUCUGUGUUUUUGAAAGAGAAUGAUUUCGCUGAAGCUGUCGAUUGCUUCAGCCGUGCUCUCGAGAUCAGGGUUGCACAUUUUGGUGAACUUGAUGCUGAGUGUGUAAACGCAUACUAUCGAUAUGGAAAAGCUCUCCUGGAGAAGGCUCAAGCUGAAGCUGAUCCACUGGGUAACAUGCCUAAGAAAGAAGGUGAAGUUCAGCAAGAGUCCAGCAAUGGUGAAUCUUUGGCUCCAACUGUUGUUUCAAGUGACCCAGAGAGACAAGGGAGUUCAAGUGGGCAAGAUGGUUCUGGUGGUAAAGACCAAGGAGAGGAUGGUGAAGAUUGUCAAGAUGAUGACAUAUCUGAUGCUGAUGGUGAUGAAGAUGAGUCUGAUUUGGAUAUGGCCUGGAAAAUGCUGGACAUUGCAAGGGCUAUUACUGACAAACAGUCUACUGAUACAAUGGAAAAAGUGGAUAUACUCUGUUCGCUUGCUGAAAUAUCCUUGGAAAGAGAGGACAUUGAGUCUUCCCUGACUGACUACAAGAAUGCAUUGUCCAUCUUGGAGCGAUUGGUUGAGCCUGACAGUCGACACACAGCUGAAUUAAACUUCCGCAUAUGCAUCUGUCUAGAGACUGGAUGUCAGCCUAAGGAAGCAAUAUCGUACUGUCAAAAGGCUAUGUUCAUCUGCAAAGCACGGAUGGAGAGGCUCAGUAAUGAGAUCAAAGGUGCAUCUUGUUCAGCAACUUCCUCAACCGUCUCUGAAAUAGAUGAAGGCAUCCAACAAUCAUCCAAUGUUCCUUACAUUGAUAAAUCUGCUUCAGACAAAGAAGCUGAGAUUGGAGUCUUAGCUGGUCUAGCUGAAGAUCUAGAAAAGAAGCUUGAUGAUUUGAAACAACAAGCAGAGAACCCAAAGCAAGUUCUUGCUGAGCUAAUGGGCAUGGUAUCAGCUAAGGCCAAUGCUAGUGACAAGGUUGUUCCUGCUGCUGCUGAAAUGAGCUCUUCUAGGAUGGGAACUGUGAAUACCAAUUUCGGGAAAGAAUUAGAGUCGCCUACAGUCUCAACCGCUCAUACUGGUGCAGCAGGAGGAGGAGGAUCAUCAGCUGUUACUCAUCUGGGUGUUGUUGGAAGAGGAGUGAAGAGAGUAUUAAUGAAUGCAACCUCUGUCGAAUCAAGUGCAUCAAAGAAACCAGCUCCUGAUUUUUCAGACAAAGCAGAUGGCAAUUCCUCUUGAAAGCGGAAAAAGGUAUAAAAAUUUCUAUUACUA